AUGUUAGAGGCUCCACAUACAGUUGCAAUUGUAGCUAGUAAAGAAAUAGACAUUGAGGAAACUUUAGGGUGUAAAGCGUUAGUUUUAGUAGAAGACACAUCCUCCGUUUUAGCAACUUUAGCAGCUUCAUUUUAUAGACACCCUUCAAAGAACGUUGCUGUAAUUGGUAUCACGGGUACAAAUGGAAAGACAAGCACCGCGUAUCUAAUAAAAGGGAUGUAUGAGGUGAUGGGUUUAAGAACCGGGAUGAUAACAAAUGUAGCUCAUUAUGUUCAUGGUGAAAACCAAUUAGAGACAAAAGACACAAUCCCAGAUGCGGUUUCCCGCCAAAAAUUAAUGGCAAAGAUGAUCCAUAACGGGGCUGAAGCUUUAGUCAUGGAAGCUUCUUCUUAA